AUGAAGCUUGACACAGCCACCUCCAAGGCCCUCCAGGCUUCUCUCAUCGCGGCCGAGAGCGGCGUGUAUUCCGACCUCCUCAUCAAGUGCGGCACCGACGAGUACUAUGUUCACAAGAUCCUGCUCUGCACGCGGUCCCCAUUCUUCGCAAAGGCAUGCGAUGGGCCAUUCAAGGUCACACCCUUCUCACUUUCGCGGCCUGGUCAAAAUGGCGAGAUAGAUCUCCCAGAUGACGACCCCGAGGCCGUUUCCGCCAUGAUUUGCUAUCUGUACAGGGGAUGCUAUCCCCGGGUGGAAGCAGAUGCCGAACGACCACAGAUGAAGAGACUUGGAGAAGGAUGGAACAUCGAGACCUACGGUAGACAGCCCCGUAAUCCAAGUGAGGAGACAAUUGCCUUGCAAGACGAGUACCUCUGCCUCCACGCCAAGGUCUACGCCAUCGCCGAAAAGUACCAGAUCUCCGGACUCAAAGAGAUGGCACACCGCAGCUUCUCCUUUCUCGUGCCGCGCACCAUCUCACCACACAACUUCGCCGAGGCCAGCGAAAUCGCCUACACCAUGACGGUCGACUCAGACCGGGGGCUGAGGGACCUGGUGGUGGACGUGCUCUUCAGCAAGUCGCAAUUCCUAGAAGACGAAGCUCUCAAGAAGCUGCUCAAGCGGCUCCCCGACCUGACGUAUGACUACGUCAUGUACCAGCACCGCAAGAAGGAAGAGAAACCCGAGUAA